ACUGAACCCGGCCGGAUGCUGCGUGACGGAAGUACUUCCCGUGAACAUGGCGGCCUCUGGAGCCGGUGGGAAGCUGCCUUUCGGCUUGUGUGCUUUGGCGUUUAUAUUGGCCACACAGAUCUGCUGCGAUGGCUCUCAGGAGGCGCAGGUGUUACGAACCCCGUAACUGGGUCACAUACCAGCAAAGAUAGAGAGGUUCGAGUAAAACAGUUCUUCAAGAGUGGCCACACAAACAAUUGGGCUGUGUUGGUGUGUACAUCCAGAUUCUGGUUUAACUACCGCCAUGUUGCCAAUACAUUGUCAAUUUAUAGGAGCGUCAAGAGAUUGGGGAUCCCAGACAGUCACAUUGUACUGAUGCUCGCUGAUGACAUGGCAUGUAACCCCAGAAACCCAAAACCUGCCACUAUCUUCAGCCACAGGAACAUGGAGCUGAAUGUAUAUGGAGAGAGUGUGGAGGUUGACUACCGAGGAUACGAGGUUACGGUUGAAAACUUUUUGCGGGUGUUAACUGGACGUCUGCCUCCCAGUACUCCCCGAUCCAAGCGUCUGCUUUCAGAUGACAGAAGCAACAUUCUCAUCUACAUGACUGGGCAUGGUGGCAAUGGAUUCCUAAAAUUCCAGGAUUCUGAAGAAAUUACAAAUGUGGAGUUGGGAGAUGCAUUUGAACAGAUGUGGCAGAAGAGAAGGUACCACGAAUUGCUUUUCAUUAUUGACACUUGCCAGGGGGCCUCCAUGUAUGAAAAAUUGUAUUCGCCCAACAUUAUGGCUUUAGCCAGCAGCCAGGUUGGUGAAGACUCUCUUUCGCACCAGCCUGAUCUUGCCAUUGGGGUCCACCUGAUGGACAGGUAUACAUACUAUCUCCUUGAGUUUCUGGAAGAUAUUCGCCCAGCCAGCCAGAACAGCAUGAUUGAUUUGUUCAACGUCUGCCCCCCAAGUCUGUGUGUUUCUACUCCGGGGCACAGGACUGACCUGUUUCAAAGGAAUCCCAGAGAUGUUCUCAUUACAGAUUUCUUCGGCAGUGUGCGCAAGGUGGAAAUAACUACUGACGUUAUCCAGUUAGUGCCAAAUGACACUGAAAUUGAACAGAGCUCUAACCUGGAGAGCCAGCCUGCUCAAGCACUGAAAUAUGUAGACCAGCUUGCGGUGGCACAGAUAAUUCAUCAGAAACCGAAGCGGAAAGACUGGCACCCUCCGGACGGGUUCAUCCUGGGCCUGUGGACACUGAUCCUAUUGGUCUUCUUCAAAAGCUAUGGACUCAAGCACCUCAAACAUAUAUUUUGAGAGGCAUUACUGAGUGGCAAUGAGGGCUGGGUUCCUCAGUGCACCUGCUGUAAAUUAUUUCUAAUUAAAUCCACUGGUGAUUUUGUUUUGUUUGGGGUGGUGAAAGACUGAGGAAGUGGUGAGAAUGACGGUACAUUUGCUCAUCCCAUUUAAGGUCAGGGCAAAACUGAACUCAUGGAUUGUAGAUGGGCUGAGAAUUUCUGGCUGAAACACAGAGCAGAGAGUCUCCCUUAAGUCAAGGUAUGUCUGGAUUUGGGUUGUGUGGUCUUGUUGGGAAGUACAGGGAGUCAGUAUGAGAACAUCACAACUGCUCUAUUAGUUUCCUCAGGAUUAUGACAAAAGGAGGAGGGGGAGCUUUGAAUAUAAGUUAAUUACAAUUUGGUUCUGAAAAUAAAUUUUGUAUAUAACAAUGCCAAAUAAAGUGUAACAGUUACAGAGAAAUGGCGGUGCAGGUAAACAGUAAGUGCAAUAUCAUAUAUUGUAGAAUACCCAGGCAGAAUGUGAGGUGUUGCUCUCCAGUCUGUACUUGCACUCACCCUGCCAUUGUAGGAAGCCAAGGACAGGCAGUCAAUGCAGGAAUAUUGGGAAGGGGAAUUAAAAUGGCUUCCAAAUGGGAGCUCGCGAUGAACGUCGCAGACAGAGGGAACACAGGUGCCCGGCAAAGUGGUCGUCUAGUCUGCACUUGGAGUCAUUGAUGUCAAGGAAUCCCUUGGUUUACAGGCUAGGUGCAGGCCAUGGGGUCGUCAUGUGAAGAUUUUGACAAAACGAAUGAAAACUAAUCUGACCAAAAUAACACUGUUUCCAAAUAAUGGUGUUAAACCAGUUGGAAUUGCUGCCUCUUUGGCCUUUGUAGUAUCUGGACAAAUACAAGCUAGUAAUUCAAAUUUCAAAGUAAAUAUAUUAUCAAAGUAUGUAUACCUUAUACAACCCUGAGGUUCGCUUACUUGCUGGCACCCACAGGAAAACAAUAAAACACAAAAGAAUAUGCACGUACGCACGCACGCACACACACACACACACACACACACACACAACCAACAAACAUCAAAUAUGAAAAAGAGGACAAAUCGUGUGACAGUAGAUCUGUAUAAAAAAAUCUUUGGUGCUGCUCACUAAAGUUCAGAGGGAUUUUUUUUUCCCAUCGAAUCUGAAUAUGUUCUGCAUAUUCCUCCAUUUUAAAUUCUUUCAGAAGGCACAAUGUUCUGUCACUCAUCUGUUCCUGUGGCCGUAAAGCUCAUGCUCCAAAAGCUCUCUGAAUAAAAGCCAUUUUCCCUAUUUCCACUCCUUACUUUCUGCCUACUCUCCAUUUGUCAGUUAUUCACAAAAAAUCCCAAUGCGAGGAAACAUUUUCUCACUUGUCAAGAAUAGCUACACCAUGUUGGGAUCAAAGUAUUUUUGACGGUGUGUGGAUUUUCAGAGCAGCAAUCAAAUGAAGAAAAAUUGUUGCACUGAUGUGUAUUUUUUUACCGUUUCUGGUUACUUGUCCUCUCUGGCCUUGAGCUCAGAGAAUUUAAAAAUUCCCUUUCACAAAACCAAUUUAUAACUUUUGUUUCUGAGUGGGCCUUGGUUAGAGUCAGAUUAUUAAAUGUAAAGGAGAUUGAUUAUUUGGAGGUGGUAUGAUUAGUAUUCUGGACAAGUAAAUGCAACUGGGCAGAUAAGCUUUCAAGUCCAAUUUGCAAAACUAAAAGCACUGAGAGAUUCUUAUGCAAGGAUAAGAAGAAUCAUAAAGCUAUGGUGGGUAAAUAUAAGGUACAGGUCAGUGGAGACUGACAGUAUGAUGGACCAGGCGUAUGUGUGAAUGAUCCACUCACUGCUUAUUGGCAGAUUUGGGAACUAAUCUCUCUCCACUUUUUCUUUCCCAAUCCUACCCACCCCCAUCACCCUCUCUCUUUCUCCUCCCCUGCUAUCGCGAUCCCCUUUGCUGUUCUCCCCACCUCCAUGGUCCACUGUACUCUCCUAUCAGAUUCUAUAUUAAAUACUCCUAUAUUUAAGAGGAAGUUAGAUAUGGCCCUUGUGGCUAAAGGGAUCGGGGGUAUGGAGAGAAAGCAGGUACAGGGUUCUGAGUUGGAUGAUCAGCCACGAUCAUACUAAAUGGCGGUGCAGGCUCAAAGGGCUGAAUGGCCUACUCCUGCACCUAUUUUCUAUGUUUCUAUUCCAUCUUCUUCAUCCCGUUCUCACGUCCACCUUUUACCUAUCAGCUUCUUACAUCAUUCUCACUCUCUCCACCCCCACCCCCACCUCACC